AGGGAUCGAUAAUGCCUGGUGCCUUAUUUGCUGAUACUUGUAUUGCUUUAUUUACUUUUCAUUUAUAUAUGUUUCAUACUGGGUUUUAGGACAAAGUUUUUGGAGAGUUAAACAACUUUCUUAAUCUUUUUAUCAUUUUAUCGUAUUCUCACGAUUUAGUCACUUUCGAUGUAGAUCGUGAAUUUUUAGCUGCUAGUCUUUUUCAGGUCAGUCCGGCAAUUGGGAGGGGAAGUUAACAAGCUAAUUUCUAUUCUCUGAUUUUCUUUUCAAAAUUCAAGCCCCGGCCGUUGAAAGUUGUAAAGAGCUGUACAACACAAAUGGAUCUUACGCCAACAAAGCUUACCAUUUGAGGCUGGGGAAAAAGAUCUUUCCAGUUUACUGUCACAUGACAGCUCUUGAUGGAUGUGGGGGUGGUGGCUGGACUCUGGUAAUGAAGAUGGAUGGUUCCAAGGACACCUUUCAUUAUAAUAAGUUAAUUUGGAGCAACAAGCUGGCUUACAACCCCUAUAAAGGCACAACUGGAUUUGACGGCGAAGAGACCAUGUUACCAUCUUACUGGGAAACAAAGUUCUCCAGGAUCUGUCUGGGUAUGAAGAACGGCAGAGAAACCAACUUCAUCGCCGUCAAUGUGACAGCAUCCUCCCUAUACUCUCUAAUCGCUGAUGGGCAAUACCGCCCAACCUUACUGGGCCGAGACAAAUGGAAGUCACUGCUUCGUUCGAACGCCUCACUGCAAUAUAACUGUAACCGAGAAGGAUUUAACGUAUUGAGUGGGUGGUCUGGUGCCUUUCAACCCAGGGCUCGAAUUGGUAUUCUUGGUAACGAACAAAAUGAUUGUCACACCUGCGAUUCCAGGAUCGGUUUUGGUACUGGAGGCCAUCCUGAUUUCUCGAACUCAUGUGGAAACGUAGCAAUGCACAAAUGGGGAGCAGAUAAUGGGGAAAAAAACAUCAAGACUUUGGGCUACAUUCUUGUUCAAUAAUGUAGUAGUUAUAGCUCUUAUUUUGUUCCAAAACAAUUGCUCAGAUAUUAGUUCUCGGACAAUAUCGUUCCCGAUAUGCGUACAGUUAUUUCAAGCGCAAAGCUGCCUUUAAAGUUUUAGACUAAUCAGGAACAUGAACGAAGUUCUUUAGCUGCUUGAAAAUACCGCUGGCCAGCAUGCGUGUUGAUCGUUUUGCAAGUUGUGAGAACAUCGUCUCAAGGUUCCGCACCCCGUCAAUUUCCCCCCCUUUCCCCUUCCCCACCCGAACGGGCUCUAACCCCCCUUGAAUAACCUCUUCGACAGGCAGUGUUAGGUGUUUUUAAUAAAAUGAAGGCUAAAAAUUAACUAAAUCGAUCUCCGCUUUAAGGCUUGGCUAAAUCUGUGUAUUAGCGAUAGAUACUGAUUCAUUUCUAUUGGAACUAAUUAGAUUCUUAGUAAUUAGAACUAAGUAAUUCCAAGCUCUAUUUCCUAGUUUGGUAUUUGGUUAGUUUGUUUGUAAGAGAUAUAUAAAGCUGAGAGAUUGCUAAAAUGCUUAGGCUUAUGUUAUGAUAAGUAUAAAAUAAAUGACAAGGAUGGUACCAGCAGGA